AUGUCUUACCAUGAUGCGUCCAUCCGGCCCCUGCCAGCCGAUGUGGCGGCGAAAAUCAAAUCCUCCAUCUCCAUCACAAAUUUGAAUGGAGUCGUCGUAGAACUGGUCAAGAAUUCACUGGAUGCUGAUGCCGUCUCCAUCAAUAUUAGCCUGGACUAUCGACGGGGCGGCUGUAUUGUCGAGGAUGAUGGUCACGGUAUUCCGUCAGCAGAAUUCAAGGACGGUAGUGGGCUGGGGCAGCCACACUGCACCUCCAAACUUGGACUCGGGGAAAGAGUGUACGGUUACAAAGGGCUGUUUCUGGCGUCAUUGGCAGCGAUGUCUUUGUUGACCAUCACUUCCCGCCAUUACCAGCAGGCCAAUGCAAAUACUGUCAUUUUCCAUCACGCAAAAACCAUUUCCAGACUGAUCCCCAGUCCUCCGCAGCAGUCACUCGAUCAUGAAGGACAUGGCACAAAAGUUACCGUCAAUGAUCUUUUCGGAAACAUGCCCGUCCGUGUCAAAAGCAGAGCCUUGGCUCUUCAGAGGCCUGAUGACAUGGACAGAGAAUGGGAGGAGCUUAAGAGGAUGCUGACGGCUCUUGUUUUGGCAAAUGACCGGCCGCUGAAGCUGGUUUUGUCGGAGGCUGACAAGAAUCGAAAGGUCGUCAUCCAAGCCAAGUCACCGUCAGUAGAAAGGUCAGACUCCAGUCAGGUUGGUGUCGAUCUUACACGAAUAGGAUCGAUCCUCACACAAGCUGGCUUAAUACCGCUGAAGAGCACUGAAUCAUGGGUUACGGUCUCGGCGAGCACUCCGGAUCUUUCCAUUCACUCGUCUAUCUCCCUUCUUCCCAGCCCCACAAAGCAGGUCCAGUUCAUUUCCAUGGGAAUUAAUCCGAUUUUUGCGCACAGCAGUGCCAAUGUGCUUUAUAAUGAGGUCAACCGGAUUUUCGCUGCGUCUGACUUUGGCACGACCAGUUCCUACCAAGAAGCAGAAGAGCGGAGAAAAACCGCGGUUUUACAGACUGGAACGAAUGUUAAAGGCACUAGUAAAGGAAUAAACCGGUGGCCCAUGUUUUACAUACGGAUUGAAAUGGGCGAAUCGUGGAGAGCGGCCAAUGAGGAAACAGAGACGUUCGAAUCUGAUAGAUCUCUUCAACGCAUCCUGGACGUGCUUGGGGCAAUGGUUUAUCAAUUCUUAGAGCAGCACCAUUUUCGACCACGAGCUCGAAAGCGGCUGCGACAGUCGCCCAAGCAAAAAUCGGAGCCGGAUAGACGACAUGGAAAGGCAUCUAGGAAAGAGGGUGACGUUCCAAAAUGCAUUUCUGACUCUGCUCAACCACCCGUUCCACAGAGGCCCAUGAGCAGCACAGAGGAAACCCUUGACAGUCGCAUUAAGUUGCCUUCUUUUCAGAAGAGGCCCUCUGCGCUUACCACUCAAGAUUUCGGCAGCUGGUCGAGGAUUAAAAGCGGAAAUGGAAAUGUAUUUGAUGAAAUCUGUUCAGGUCUGAACAGGAGACCCGAACCUGCUCAGGGGACGUCGCUUCCACAUCGCCCGUCACAAGCAGACCCUGGCACCAAGUGUCUUGUAGAACGUGGUCAACGUGGACAAAGAUGCGAUUCGGAAAAGGUUGAUAAUGGUGAAAGUGAAGAAGUGACAACUACGCAGAGCACCGGGUCGGAUUCGGGGGACGGUAUUAUCUCCUGGACUGACCCUGUCACCAAAUGCACCGUUUUUAUCAAUUCCCGAACUGGUCAGUGUCUUCCUCCGAGACCGUUGAGCUCUACUGCUGUGAAUACAUCGCCAUUGUGCCCAAGACCACGAUCCACAGGGUCUUUGGGAGAUCGUCGGAAUUUGAACGUCAUCAAACGGCCGCAAUCAGCUCCAUCAAAGAAAAGUUCUCUCUGGCUAGAGGCCAUCAUGGAUAAAUGGGACAACCUAGCUUUCCCUCGUUUGGAGAAGCCAAUCCCGUCAAUUCAUUCUGACAUGAAUGGCGAGGGAUGUCCCGAAGGAAAGCUCGAUUUCCGGAUACAGCCUGAUUCAUGCGGCCUGUCAACUUGUACAGACACAAAGUCCAGCGGGAAACUAUGGAAACGCGGCCUUGCAGAAGCAGAUGUAAUUGCCCAAGUCGACCGAAAAUUCAUUCUUGUCAGAAUGACGGCCGCCCCUCUAGACAGUGGUGACCGCAGCUCAGGUAGCCUCCUUGUUCUUGUGGAUCAGCAUGCAGCUGAUGAAAGAUGUCGCAUUGAACAGCUCUUUGAUGAAAUGUUUACAAGUCAGGCUGGACCUGACAACUCUGGUGAAAUGAUGAACCUACGCACAUUUGAACUUUCAAGUCCGAUCAGUUUUGAGAUCGCAGCACACGAGACUGGCCUCUUCAAGGCGUACUCUGAAUUUUUUGCCUCUUGGGGUUGCCACUACGAAGUCUUUGAAAUUCCUGAACAAGGGAACGCGACUGUUUCUGUCAGUGCUCUUCCUACACUCAUCGCUGAAAGGUGCAGAGCGGAGCCAAAACUGGUGGUGGAUCUUUUGCGCGGUGAGAUCUGGAACCGGGAGGAGAACAAGAGAGGCUUCUCAGUCCGGCCUGCGCUUGCGACUUCGAGGAAGCUGCCCGAAGGCGUCGAUGGGAGCUUACCUUCGGAGCCGAUAGCUGGCUUGCCUUCUUGGGUUGGACAGGUCGCUGAUUGCCCGGAAGGCAUUAUUGACCUCUUGAAUUCGCGCGCUUGUAGGACCGCAGUCAUGUUUAACGAUGUUCUGUCGAUUGAAGAAUGCCAGAAUCUCAUUUCUCGUCUUUCACGUUGUGUAUUUCCGUUUCAGUGCGCACAUGGUCGACCAUCGAUGAUACCGAUUCUGGAUUUGACAUCUCAGAUGCGAGACGACGAUUUUGACAUGCUCGACAUUGGUUACGAGCGCACGAAAAAGGAUUUGGGAACGGAGUUAGGGUUUGCUGAAGCGUUUAGAGCUUGGAAGGAUACUCAUUGGGAUUGA